GUCUCGUGGCCGCUCGAUCUCUUCUUGCACACGUCGGACCUGCAGGCGUACGGUGCGCUCUUCGCAUACCUCUCUGCACUGCGCAAGACACACACACGCGUCCACACAUGCUGGACCGCGCUCUCGAACGCACAGCGGGCGCGGCGGCGCUGGACAGGGCUCGGCGAGGGCGGUACCGAGGAGGAUCUGAACGCGCGCAAGGAGCUGCUGCGCUGCGGGUGGGGUGUCGUGCGCGAGAUGAGCUGGUUCCUGGACACGCUGCUGGGAUAUGUGAUGACAGACGUUGUGGAUGUGGAGUUCAGGAGGCUCAAGGGGAUGCUGCUCGAGAAGACGUCGGACGUCGUGAAGCACGCGACCGGCGGCCAGUCUAUUCCGGCGCCUGGCAGCGAGGGAGCUGACGGACAGAUCGAGGCUUCGCAUUCUGCGUCUACCCUGCCUGCGUCACAGAGUAGCUCCUCGAACGCCGGAUCAACCAGCCUCGAUUUUACCACGCUGCGUAACAUUCAUACGACCUACCUCGAACGUCUGAUCACAGGCAGCUUGCUGUCCAACCCUCCGCUGACAGCCAUCAUUCGCAUGAUUCUCGAGACCUGUGAGCGAUUUGUCGCGCAGGCCGAGAGAUGGGGUGGAGACAUUCUACCUGAGCUCUUGUCCGAAGGUAGUCUGGCUGGCGGUGGCGAUGUGGGCAAGAUGGUCAAGGAAAGAAAAGUCAUCGUCGCAGAGGUCAAUGAGACAUUGCACACGCUGCUUGGAACAUUCUACGAGCAGCUCUCGCUGUCCACGACACAGCAGCCGUUCUCGGCGACUGCGGACGCGUCAAAGUCGGUGCUAUAUAGCGUGAGCAUGGCGAACACGACUGGCUUCCACACAUUCCUCCGACCGAAGCGAGGACGGCGCCUCGAAGGGGACGACGAGGUUCGCCGACACGUGGAACGCCUGCUGUUGCGCCUGGACUUUAACGGUGGAUUCUCCAUGCCCAAAACGGGCGGUAAUGCAGGGUCAAAUGACGGUGAGGAGAUCUUGAAGCAGGGGGGCUUGACGUAG